AUGUCGAGCCCCGAGCAGAAGAUUAUCUCUUCAGAAUACCCGCUUGCUCCCCUCGAGUGCUUCGACUCGCCCCUCCAGUGGACCGAUGAACCCACCACAAGCAGAGCUUUCGACGAGCAGGCUGAGCAAUAUCAUUACUAUAUCGACAACCCAUUCGCUGACCCUCACCCAAACAAGCAGUACGAUGCCUAUGAAUUUUGGGACCAGCCGAUGAUCAAUGGCCACUUCCCAUCCCAAGACCUCAUCCUGCGCCCCUAUAACGAGCACGGAGACUUGGCCAACAACAUAAUCAUCAUAUGCCAUGACCACUGCAAGGUCACCAACAGAGCCGGCUUCGGCCCCGGUCAGCCCUGCGCCGAGCGAUCCUGCCCAAACGUGGUCUUUGUCACCGAUAGUGUCCUGUGCUUCGACCACGCCAUGACCUUUGCCAUGUACGACGCCAAGCAGCGAUAUCGAGCUUCUCGCGAGGCGGUGGCUUUGGAGCGGGCGAGGGACGAGCGGCAGGCCGCGGCGGCGGCGCUUUUUGUGCUCAACGCUGGCGCUGAUGACAGAGCCAUGCCUGAUCCCGAGAACUACAUGAAGUGGUACAAUGAGGAGUUGAGCAAGUGGUACUGCAUCAAGGCCACCGAGAGGUUGUUGCAGGCCGCUCAGCUUCUGCCAGGACAGCCAGAGGAUCCUCUCCGACAGAGCAUCCAGGUGACUGCACAGACCUUUUUGGAGAACUUUACGGCUCCCAUGGAGCCGCUGGAGACGGAUUCGGAGGAAGAGCAGUGA